AUGAACAAUCAAACAGACAUGACUGAAUUCAUCUUCUUGGGAUUUUCCAACCAUCCCAAUCUACAGAGUUUGUUCUUCCUGGUCUUCCUGGUCAUUUAUCUGACAACUCUUUUUGGGAACACACUCAUAAUAAUAGCCAUCAGGGUCAGUCCUGCCCUCCACAUCCCAAUGUAUUAUUUCCUCAGCAACCUGAGUUUCUUGGACAUUUGCUACACAUCUACCACUGUCCCAGGCAUGCUGAUGAACUUUUUCCAGAAGAAGACUAUCUCCUAUGAGGGCUGCCUUUCCCAGAUUUUCUUCCUAGUGACCUGUGCUGGCACUGAGGGUGUAUUAUUGGCAGCUAUGGCUUAUGACCACUAUGUAGCCAUCUGCCACCCUCUUCAAUAUCCAGUCCUUAUGAGUGUGAAGGUCUGUGUCUGUUUGGUGUCUGGGUCCUGGCUAUGUGGACUGGUGGAUUCUAUGACACACACAGUGUUGGCAACCACACUCACUCUGUGUGGGCCUAACCAGAUCAGUCGUUUUCUCUGUGACAUCCCAUUCCUCCUGAAGCUCUCCUGCUCAGAUACCUCUCUCAAUGAGUUUGUGCUCCAUGUGGCCAGUGCCACUAUUGGCCUAAGUCCCUGCUUGUUCACUGCUGUGUCCUACAUACUCAUCAUCUCUGCAUUCCUUAGGAUUCCCUCUGUUCAGGGCAGGAGCAAAGCCUUUUCUACCUGUGCAUCCCACCUCACUGUGGUGGUUAUCUUCUUUGGAACAGCCAACUUUAACUAUGAUAGACCCAACGUAGGCUAUAACCUGGAUAUGGACAUCCUGGUCUCUGUGUUCUUCUGUGUUGGGACCCCCAUGUUUAACCCCAUCAUCUAUAGUCUGAGAAACAAGGAGAUCAGAGGUGUCCUGAGGAAGCUGGCUAAAGAAUGCUGGUUCUCUAGUGAGAUCAGCAGUUAA